AUGGAGGAUGGAAGACACCAUGGGGUUGCCUCGAGGGGGGCCCCGGGCGCGGAAGUUGAGGGCGGCGGCUGCGGCAUUUGGUGGUCCGCAAGUCCCCAGACGCUUUCGUCCUCCGCUUCGCUGGAGGGGGCCCCUACUCAGACGCCUGGGGGUGGCCCCCUUUCCCCCACGGCAGCUGCUGUGCCGUGUUCCCCUCACUGGGGCUCAGGCUCUAAACAGAUGGACUUAAGUUCAGACCAACGCCUAUCUCUCUUGAGCACAGCGAGCGAUAGCACUGCUGUUUCUAUCCUGACGGGCGCCCGGCCUAGUUCUCCUGAAGGGCUCUCUGGGGGCCCCCCAAGGGGGUCACCUUCUUCUCUAAGCCAGGAGAUGCCUCUAGGGGAGGAACAAGGCAGGCUGGAGAGCCCAGGGGCUUGCAUGCGAUCUUUUCACAGUGCCAGCUACCAGGAAAGUCUGUCGCACUCAUUUUCAGAGUUGCAUCAGCAGGUUGUGGUGCUUGCGUCCGAUCAGAACCACCGCCAUCCGCCGCAGGUGCAGCAGAACCACCCGCCGCUGCAGGAGCAGCAGCAGAUGCAGAGCUGUGUUUCUGCAGCAGCAAACUGCGGCCUCACCAAGCAACAAGUACCUCACCUUGUCGCUUGCGAAAUUGAAGACAGCGAAGAACGAGACUCUUCUCAAGACAAGCUCGCCCAGGUGGCCCGUCUUUGCUUUGAAGACGGAACGUAUGGUGGUCGUGCCCAUCAGCAACUGAAGGCACAACUGCAGCCUCAACAGCACCAGACGCAGAACCAAGGCCUCCGCAGCUGCCUCUCUGUCCCUUCCAGCCAACCAAAACGUAGAGAAGACGAGCUACCAAUUGCACCAACAUCACCUGAUUCCGCGCAGCAGCAGCAGCAGCCGGGGUCUUCAUGUGGCGGCGACGCCAACAGCGAAGGGUUGCUGAGAUUUUCAAGCGACUCUGUAGUGGAUGCGCUUCUCUCUCUAUUGCAGCAACGCCCAACUGAACAGCAGCUCGACUUGCAGCAGCAGCAGCAGCGGCAGCAGUUGCUGCAACAGCAGCAGCUCGCCCUUGCGUCUCGUUGCUGGGAUUUACCCACGACGGGGCACGCAGUCGUUGAACAGAGUUUGUCUCCUGCCGAUGCCCAGCGGCGAGGAAACACACUGCAUCACCUGUCCGCUGAAGGAGGCGCCGACGCAUCUGAGUCCCCGUUGCUUCUGCUGAAACAGCAACAGCAUGAGGAUCCACAGCAACAGCAGCAGCUGCAUCCGGGGCAAUAUGAUACCACAGACAUGCGAGAACUCCACCUAGCGGAGCAGCGGGCAGUCCCGCUGCUUCGUCAGAUGCUUGGGGAUGAAAGCGACAGCAGCGCCCUUCCAGGGCGCACCGAGACAGUACAGCAGGGGGCCUUUCAGCCACAGGCCGUUUUCCAGCUACUUCAGCAGUUUGGGAACUGUGGAACGAUGGCUCAAGUCGCUUUGGCUUUGCAGCAGCAGCAGCAAGAGACAAACAUCAAGCGCAUCGCGGAAAGCCUUGGCCUGCUGGACUUCAGCGACAAGAACUGCAGCAGUGGUACAGCAGGCGCUGCGGGAUCCGAUAUAUCUGCUGCCUCACUUGUGAACCAGGAAGAGAAGCAGCAACAGCCCCUGAUGCUGGAUAGGGAGCAGCAGCUCAUGAUGAUGCGCACAUCCCCAAGAAGAGCAAGCGAGACAGCGGGAGAGUGCCGGGGGAGUGGAGGGGGCCGUCAGCGGCGGCGUAGGGAGAGGCGGAAGGAGGGACGAUAUUCUGUACCACCUGCUUCAGGGCUGGAGUUCUCCACCAAUGCCUUGGGGUCUCGAAUCAUUGUGCAGUUGCUUGACAACACAACAGACGAUGCCAGGCGGCUGAUGCUGACACAGUUGCUGCCUCACGUCCGUAACCUCGCAGCAGACAUGGCUGGCAACUUCAUCAUACAGAAGCUUCUCGACAUCUGCCCUCCUGAAGAAAAAAAAAUGCUGCACGGCCAGCUGGUGAAGGACGUUUUGAGGCUCUCGCUGCGCACUUACGGUUGCCGCGUCAUACAGAAAGCACUUGAUGUUCUUGAUGACGAGGAUAGAGUGGCUGUCGCCAAUGAGCUCCAUGGCAACGUGUUAACUUGCAUUGGCGACCAGAAUGGAAAUCAUGUCAUACAAAAGUGCAUCGAAAGACUUCCUAAGGGAGGCGCCCAGUUCGUGCUGGACGCCAUAGCCGGGCAAGAAGCAGCCCUUGCGUCACACUGCUACGGUUGUCGAAUAAUUCAAAGGCUGGCGGAGGCUUGCGACAUAAAACAAAUUUCGCCGAUGCUAGAUGCUGUGAUGGCUUCCCUGCGCUCUUUGGCCGAAGAUCAGUUUGGCAACUACGUCAUCCAGCAUUUGCUGGAAUAUGGCAGAGAACAAGACAAGCAAGAAAUCGUGGCAUUGCUGAAAGCUAACCUCUCCAAGCUCGCUACCCAGAAAUACGCAUGCAAUGUUGUGGAAAGGGCUUUAAGCCUUAACACACUGGGCCGGGCCCAGUCCGAGUUAAUUGGUGUCGCUUUGCAGCCAGACCCCCAAAAUGGAGCACCUGUAACGGCUCUGAUGCUCGACCGGUACGGCAACUAUGUUGUCCAGCGUAUGGUGGAGGUAGCAGAGGGACAGCAGCGGGAACAGCUCUUCCGACGCCUUCUCGAGCAGCUGCCACUUCUCCGAAGCUGCACUUACGGAAAGCACAUCGUUGCUGCCUUGGAUCGCCUUGAUAUUAGCGGCGGCUGUUCUGGUGAGGUGCCGGUGUCUACACCGGUCGGCAACGCGGCAGCGGCGGCGCUUCCAGUAAGGCGACGCGGGUCAACACUGCAGCCGCAGCAUCAACAAACAGCACUUGCCUCUCCAGGCCGGCGCAGGACUGUGCCCCAAGAGCAACGCAGCCAGCGGCAAGGACGGAAGCAGCAGAAGCAGCAGCAGUCGUCUCCCCGAAUGGGAGCCAGACCAAAGGCAACGAAGAAUGAGGGAGGCCCACAGGAGACCUUUGACGGACUUCUAGACCGCAGCCUUCCUAAAGGAUGGCGCAGCUCAAGGAAAGCCGCAGGAGUCCAGCGCAACCUUUCCGCUACGGCUCCUGCGGGAGCAAUGCAGCAAAAGCAGCAGCAGCAGCUGUUCAUGUUGCUGGACGGGCGGCGAGAGUCAGCUGAAGGAAGUCCUGCUGCGUACAAUCUCGGAACGAAAGGCUCCACAGCAAUGGCAACAGCUGCUGCACGGCUGCUGUUGACCGACACUCCGCAACAGGCUACUGCAAAGCAGAACGUGGCAGGAGUUGAGGGUCUGGGUCUCUCAUCUGAGUUGCCUGUCAGCCCAACGCCUGUCGGAUUCAAGGACCAGGGGCCUUCUGGCGAUGUAGUGACGGAGCCCAUUGUGCUCGGAGGAGUUCGUAGUAGCGGAAGCUCCGCAUCCACCAGCAACAAUUCCCUGUCAGAUCUGCUGGGAAUAUGGGGGGGACAUCAGCAGCCUUCUCUAUGCAAUAGUGCAGAUGGCCGGAAUCCUGCAGUGCCUUUUGAAGGACCCGUAGGCGAGCAAACGGACGGUCUUGCAGGAAGGCAAGAUGAAUGGGAAUGGGGGAAAACUCCCCUGUUCUUCCACCAACCUUCGCCCCCAACUUGGUGA